AUGUCUACGGUGGGUCCAAACGGACUCACUGUAGUCAUACGACCAGGGUUACCUGAGCGAAGCAAGCGAUGCUUACUACAGAUCUUGUUGAAUGAUUCCCCCGGAUCUGAGGAUAAUGACGACGUCCUCUCAGCAAUACGCAACUAUAUGCCAGAGUCUGCGGGAGUGGCCCGCUGCGGAGGGUGCCGUUCUGUGGCCAAGAAAAUAAGUACGCGUACUCUCGCUCCUUCCGAACAACGAGAGGAUGCCGAGCAGGACGACGUCCUUGCUGGCUAUGAGGCCGUAGCGGAGGCGGCCUCUGAGCAGACGCGCUUAAACGUGAAUGAGCUGUCCGAUCUUGGCCAACACCUUAAUCGUCUGACGUUGGCGAAGAUGCCAUGUCUUUGGAUUGACAUCAACAAGACCUCAAACCAUCGAACAAGACUCCUGGUGCCGCCGCUGACCCGCCUGCCACCAAGGGUGGUGAAUAAUUACACCUUCAACAGCGAUGGCCAUGCAAACGACAUCCUCUUGUCUGACAAGAAGCCAAGAAGAAGAAAGCGGCCCAACAAGGCCAAAAAGAAGGAGGGAAAGGAGAAGAGAAGAAAAACCUGUGGAGGAAACCAACAAGGAGUCAAGGACGCCAACAUAAGCUUAAACUGA